AUGAAGACCGAGAAAGAGUGCCUUGCAGUCGUCUGGAACAUCCUGGCAUUACGCCCUUACCUGUACGGUGCCACAUUCAAGCUCCGAACGGACCAUGAGGCCCUCCGGUGGGUCCUUAAUUUGGCGGACAGCUCCGGCCGGCUCGCCCGCCGGCGGUUACGCCUGGCGGAGUACAACUACGACGUACAAUACCGGCUGGGUGUCAAACACCAAUUAGCGGAUGGGGUAUCUCGCCUCCGGAUGGACAAAGGGGAAACCGCCGGGGUAGACGACGAAUUCCCGUGCUUCGUCGUUCAGGUGUCAAGACAGGACCCUAACGUGGGGCCCGUCGGUAUUGAAUGGGCCCCACCUACCGAACGGAGUCCUGAGAAUACGCGAGAGAGGCCCCAGGCCCUUGCCGUAACUCCCGAACAAACGGACGUAUCGUCCUUGUCGGUUGAGGAAUUUAUCCAACCACAGGCGGUGCACCAGUCCCCUCUUGAUGGGACACUGCAACGCGUCGUCCCGAAACGGUUAGGGGCCAAGGUACUGUAUUUGGCACACCCCCCGAGGUUGGCCAGACAUCCUGGUGGGACCAGGAUGUACGAUACCCUGAGAAGGGAGUACUACUGGCCCCACAUGGCCAACAACGUGUACUCCACCGUACGGAACUGUCAAUCGUGCUCUGCGACACGGAGCACGAUUGUACGUCAUCAAAAGGACAUAAAACUAUUCCCCGCUGCCGGACCCUUGGAGUUUGUCGCAAUGGACCUCCUGGGUCCGUUACCGAAGACCGCACAUGGGAAUCAGUUCGUCCUUGUGAUUACCGACCUGUUCUCCAAGCUCACGUGCAGUAUCGCGCUUCCACCACAGUACGUCCUUACCGAUAACGGUCCGCAAUUUGCGGCGAAGUUCUUCGACGCCGUGUGCGCGCUGCUAGGGAUAUGUCACUAUUUGAUGACAGCCUACCACCAGCAAGCUAAUGGGCAGACCGAACGGUUUAAUAAGACCAUCGUACAGAGGCUCCGACAUUAUGUCGAGGAGCACCAGCGAGACUGGGACGACUUCCCCAAGCCUCUGACGUAUGCUUAUAACAUACAAGUCCACCUGGUGUUGACAAGACAACCGUCCGGAUUAACCGUCGUGGGUACAGCGCCCCAGGCUGCGGGCGUCGCCCAUGACGACCCACGUACUCCUGGAAGUACAAGCGGGCGACUCUUCGCAAGCUUCGGGAUGUCCUCGACAGUGCGCGGGUAA